AUGGGGAAAUCGAAAAAAGGAGAAGAAGUUGAUGCGAAAUGUUCUAUUGAGGAUGAUAUUCCUUUGACAACGACUUUAUUGAACUUAAGAAACAAAAAGAAGAAAGAGAAAGAAAUUACACCAACAAUUGAUGCGGAUUUGUUGGAAGAUAUCAACAAAGAAAUUUCAGAAACGGAAGAAGAAGAAGAGAGCGAACUUUCCAAACAAAGGAAAGCAUUGCAAGAACAACAGAAGAUGGUGCAAGCACUUCAGGAAAAGCUGCUACAACAGGAAAAGCAGCUGGAUCUGAUUGAACAAAAAAAGAAGGGUGGAGAAGGACAAAAAAAUUCCAGCAAAGAUCCUGAAAAGCAGGAAGAAACUGAAAAGAAAGAGCAUGAAGUAAAAGUGCAUGAAGAAGUGAAAGAACCUGAAAAAGAGGAGGCUGAGGUAAAAGUUCCAGAAGAGCUGGAUGAACCAGAAAGAAAAGAAAAGAAAACGAACUUAAAAAUUACUUUGAGAAAGAAAAAAGACGGAGAAGAAGCUGGUGAGGAACCUGAAAAAGCAAAGGGGAAGUCUAGGAAAUCAAUACCAAACAGGAAAAGGACAAGAAGUCAAUUGCUGAAAGAAGAAUUUCCCGAUCUUAUAAAAGAGGUAAAGCAGGAAUUGGAAGAGGCACAUAAGAAGAAGAGCUUGUUGCCUGCUGAGAAAAUUUCAACAAAAAAAGUUGCACCAAAUGCUAAGAAGGGGAAUGGAGUUACUUUGAAAAAGACUACAGCACUUAAGAGGGGUAGCAAAGUUAAUCAGAUAGUUGUGAGGGAGGUUUAUGAAGACGAGGAAGAUGAAGAAGGAGGUGAAGAAGAAGGUGAAGAAGUAGAAGAGGAAAGUGAACCCUUAAUGAAGAAGGGGAAAAAAGUAGUUGAGAAGAGAGCAACAAGAAGUAAACAAAUUGUUGUUUCUGAUGAGGUCAUGGAGGUGGUGGAUGAUGAGAAACCAAAAUCUUUGGUUGUUGCCAAACCAAAACCUGAAGAAAGGAAACUAAAUCUAAGGCAAACUCCGCAAUUGAUGAUGCGAUUCUUGAGGGGAAUUGCAUCUAAUGAACCACAUGAUAUAAGAAAACAACAAGCCAUCGUGGAGUUAGGCUUUGGAUCUCUUCUGCAACUUGACAUCCCACAAAACGAAAAUCCAUUCCCGUACGAGUUGGUUAGGAAUUUCAACUCGUCCGACCGGUCCUUGCAUCUACCAAAGUCUUCCCUUGAUAUUACUGUAGAGGAUGUAUACCUGGUGUACGGUAUACCUAUUGGAGGAGCUCCGGUCGUGGAAUGGACGGAUGAACAAGAUCCUGAAGUGUUGAGGGUUUUUGCUGAAUUUUGGGCAUACUGGCAAGUGAAGUCUGGAUGCCCAAAAUUGAAAGAAAUGGUUGAAAAACUGAUCAAAGAUGAGACUCCAGUUGAUGAUAACUGGAAGAGAUCUUUCCUAGUGGUUGCAGUUAACACCUGCAUUAAAUCCACUACUAAUUUAUCGCCAAACUUCAGAUUCCUAGCAAGCACUGUUGACUUGGAGCAAGUGAGGAAUCUAAAUUGGUGCGAGUAUGCAUACACCAGCCUUCUUGGGGCAGCUAUGUACUAGAAUGUGGACCGUAGCAGAUGGUUUGCUGGUCCACUACCAUUUCUAAUGGUAUGUUAUUUCGAUCGGGUGCAGAUCAUGGAAGAGUACCCUCCAAGGAACUUCCCCCUAAUUUCUUGCUGGACAAGAGAUAUGAUAAGCAGCAGGGUACGCAAUGACAAUGCUACAGGCUUCGGACAUGGCUUGAUUCUGGACAGAAUUCAAGGUCCACCUGAGCUACAACUGUACAGGGAGGCAAUGGAGCUGCUCAAACAGCAAAAAGCACUCAGUGAACAACCACCACCACUUCUUCUUCAACACCCACAACAACAACAGCAGCAACAUGAUGAACAACCAUCGCAGCAACCACUGCAGCAACCACAACAGCAACAUCAACACCAAGAGCCUAACUGGUCCACAAAUGAUGUGUCCAGAGAACAUCAAGGUGCACCAGUGACUCAACUCGGGGAUGACAAAGAUUUGCCAGAGCAACAGGCAGACCCCAGUGAGAAAGCAAAAGUCCCUUCUACAAUUGAGGAAUUCCAUGCUGAAUUCACUAAAACCACUACUGAACUCAGUAGUGUCAUGAACAAGUUCAACGACUUAUUGUCGUUGUCCAGAAAGUUCUUUGACACUACUAUUGAUGUCAAAAAAAGUCUGCCAUUCAAUAUGGCAAAAAUGAUCCAGAUCAAAGUGUCAAGAGUAACUUGAAGUUCUAUUUCUCUACAAUCCCUUUCAAUAUGCUCUGCCAGAAUGAACCGUAUGGUGGAUCACAGGAUAGUCAAGCAACCGAAAGCAAACGCUUAGAAAAUUUUAUUUUAAGUGUACGCCAUGAGUAUGAAACUGCUGGUGUGAAGUCUUUGAAGGGAUUCCAUCUGUUGUUCUUUCCAGUCUGGUCUGGUGAUCAUUUUUAUCUCAUUGUAAUCAACCAAAAGGCGAAGAAGGUGGAGAUCAUUGACAAUCUCUCCUUACCUGAAGGAAUUACAUAUGAUGAUAAAUAUAAAACAUUUGCAGAAAGAACUUUUGAAGCAUGGACAAUAUUUUCUGAACAAGAAGGACAUCCUUUGCGGAAGGCACAGAUUUCAGCAUAUGAAAUUGUGUUGCUUGAAAUGCCAUGGAAGAACAGAACAAACAAGACUGAUUGUGGGGUAUAUGCAAUGAGGCAUAUGGAGACCUACAAAGGCAACCAGACUUGGAAUUGUGGCUUCAAAAACACAGAUGAAGAUAAAGACUUUAUUUGCAGGCUGAGAAUGCGGUACGGUACUGAAAUCUUAUUAUCCGUUCUGAACAAAAGGCAUGAGCUAAUGUAUCUGGCAUUGAAGAGAGCUAAUCAAGUUGAAUAGUUGGUUGUUUUCAUGAAGGCAGAAUAAUAUUUACCUUUUAUUAGAAGUAUGCUUUAAAAAACAAUGGUAUAUUUUGUAGAUAUGGUUAUUGCUGGAGUUAUGGGUUGUUCUUUUAAACAUGUGUGGUGUUCUUUUGGAAAC